UCUCUCCCCACUCUUACAACGGCUCUUCAUGCCUUUGUUGAUUUUCCAACUUAUGACAUAAUAUACGAUAGUUAGUUACCAGUCAGAAAUUAUCCCAUCGAGAACUUGAUUUACAAUCCGGUGAUUCCAGUGUCAGCAGCUACGCCUACAGAAUUUUAGUUGCAGAGAAAGAACAAAUGGACAAUGGCAGAGCUUCCUCCAACAAACUUUGAUGGGGAUAAAGAAAGUAAUUUAAAGGAUGAACAUCUUUCAGAAGAGGAAACAAAAGUUAAAGAACUAUUACAGAAAAGGAAGUCACAUAAAGAAGUAUUAGAGGAAAUAAAGAGAAAAGGUAGAGAAGAAGUUGCUCAAAAAAGAGAAGAAAGAAAGACAAAAAGAGAAGAAAAGAUAAUGGCAGAAAAUGAUUCACCUGAUGAAGAAGAUUAUUAUGUCCAAACUCUCUCAGCAAUGUCCAUAUCACUACAGAAACCAGAGAAAGUUCUUGGGACAGGUCUUGUUUAUGAUGAAUUAAUGCUCAAGCAUAAGAAUGACUGGGACCCCAACUUUCCAGAGAAACCAGAAAGAAUUUCAGAGCCUUUCAAAAGAUGUUCUGAGCUUCAUUUGGUAGAAAGAUGUACAAGAAUAAAGACACAGUAUGGGACAGAGGAUAUGGUAUUAUUACAGCACUCAAGGGAAUUACUUGAAAAAGUCCAAUCAACAAGUCAGAUGAACAAACUACAGUUACAAGAAUUCAGUCAGCAAUAUGAUUCUGUGUAUUGUAAUCAGUCAUCCUAUGAAUGUGCACUUGUUGCUUUGGGUAGCACAAUAGAACUAAUGGAGCAAAUCUUAAAGAAGAAAAUUACAAAUGGACUGGCUAUCACAAGACCUCCAGGUCACCAUUCUAUGAAUGAUGCAUUAUGUGGAUUUUGUAUUUUCAACAAUGUCGCCAUUGCAGCAAAACAUGCAGUAGACAAUCUUGGUGUCAAAAAGGUACUUAUUGUGGAUUGGGAUGUUCAUCACGGUCAAGCCACACAAAAGAUGUUUUAUGAUGAUCCAAGGGUACUAUAUUUUUCAAUCCAUCGCUAUGAGUAUGGAAACUAUUGGCCUAACCUCAGAGAAUCAGAUUAUGACUACAUAGGAAAAGACAAAGGACAAGGAUUUAAUAUAAAUGUACCAUUGAAUCAAACAGGUAUGACUGACAAGGACUACUUAGCAGUGUUCCACCAGGUGUUGUUACCUGUUGCAUAUGAGUUUUGUCCAGACCUUAUUUUAGUGUCAGCGGGAUAUGAUUGUGCAAUAGGAUGUCCUGAGUUUUGUCCAGACUUAGUUUUAGUGUCUGCAGGUUAUGAUUGUUCCAUAGGGGACUAUAAGGGAGAAAUGAUGGUUUCACCUGCAUGUUUUGGUCAUAUGACUCAUUAUUUAAUGGGACUAGCUGAUGGAAGAGUGUGUGUUUGUCUGGAGGGUGGUUACUGUAUUAAAUCUCUGUCAGAAUCUGUGGCCUUGACAUUGAAGGCAUUACUAAGAGAUCCUUGUCCAUUACUACCUCCUCAGAAUGAACCAACAGAUAGCAUUGCAGGAACCAUCUUAAAUGUAAUUAAAGUACUGAGGCCCUACUGGUCUUGCUUUCAUUACCAGGACUUACUGGAAGAUGAUACUGAAGAUUUAUGUUCUUUUGAAGAGGUCAACAAAUUACCACCUAGAUCAGAUGUCAAAUUUGAUAAAGAAGAAAAUGAUUCAAAGAUGUUUCCACUAACAUACACAUACGAAAAAGAAGUCCAAGAAGUUUAUCUUUUACAGAAAAAGUUUGACCCCAUCAUAGAUCAACUUAUUGCAGAGACAGCGUUAAUGAGACCUCCUUACAAGACUUGUAUAGUAUAUGAUGAUGAUAUGCGGGCACACAAGGCUGAUUCUAGAGGCCAUCCUGAAGAUCCAGACAGAAUCACUAGAAUAUUUGAUAAACAUGUAGAAUUGGGUCUUUUGGAGAGGUGUCUUAGAGUACAAUCACGGCAUGCCACGGAAUCAGAACUACAGCUCAUACAUAGUUCAAAAUAUGUAGAAGAAAUGAAAGAAUUAGCAGAGAAGACUGUAUUUGAUUUGAGAAAAUUAGCAUGGAACUAUAAUUCUAUUUACCUGUGUCAAGAAACAUAUAAUUGUGCCUUGUUAGCUACAGGAAGUUUAUUGAAUGUCGUACAUACAGUAUUGACAGGACAGGCUUCAAGUGGAGUAGCAGUUGUAAGACCUCCUGGGCACCAUGCAGAAUGUACAAAAUGUAUGGGCUUCUGUUUUUUUAAUAAUGUAGCAAUCGCAGCAAAGUAUGCACAGGAACAGUUUGGAUUAAAAAGAAUAUUGAUUUUAGAUUGGGAUGUUCACCAUGGAAAUGGAACACAGCACCAAUUUUAUAAUGAUAACAGUGUUCUGUUAAUAAAUCUCCAUCGAUAUGAUUAUGGUAGUUUCUACCCAUCAUCAGACGAUGGUUCAGAAGAGAAAGUAGGAGAGGGAGACGGAGAAGGAUACAAUGUUAACAUUGCUUGGAAUCAUGGAUACAUGGGUGAUGCUGAGUAUAUAGCUGCUUUCCAUCAGAUUGUUAUGCCUAUUGCAUCCCAGUUUUCUCCAGAGUUGGUUUUGGUAUCAGCUGGGUUUGAUUCAGCAAUAGGUGAUCCCUUGGGUGGUUAUAUGAUAUCUCCAUCAGGAUAUGCCCACAUGACACAUAUGUUGUCCAGCCUAGCCAAUGGUAGAGUUAUUCUAUCUCUUGAGGGUGGAUACAAUCUAACCUCCAUAUCUCACUCUAUGUGUAUGUGUACAUCUGUAUUGUUAGGAGAUUCUUGUCCUUCAUUACAGAUAACAAAACCUAUGGACAGUGCAAUAAAGACAAUUAAAAAUGUAUGUGAUGUUCACAAAAAUUACUGGAAAGGUCUUAAAUUCAGAGUGAAGAUUCCUGAUCUCAUACCUCCAAAAGAUCAAUCUGCAGGAAUUAAAGAUGAUAAGAAAACAAAUACUGACUUCCUGCCAUUAUUUAGUUCUGACAAACCAAAGGAUAAACCUACUGGUCCAAAUGCUGAAAAAGACACUGAUAUAACAAAAGAUAAAACUGAAAGUGAAAAGAGUUCUCCAAGACAAGACAGAGAUAAAGAAGGUUUACCAGACAGCAAGACAAAUCAGGAUGGAGAUGAGAUGGACAAGUUAGCAUCAGCAACAGCAGCACUUACAGUAACUGAAAGUCCAAAAGUGUUCAGAGAAAAAAUUGAAAUACACCUAGAUGAUUUCCCACAGAUAAACUUCAUUCAGUUAUUAAGAGCAAAACAGAAAACAUUGGAAGCAGAGACUAAAACCAAACUUUUCUUGAGAGGCCAAGCAUUAGAAACCAGGGGUGUAGAACAUACAGAAAAGGUUUUGUAUGUUCAUGUAUAUGGAGAGAAAAGGGAACAUGUAAGAAAUGCUGUUCAAAUGGUAAAUAAAAUUAAAGAUACAGAAAUUGCAUCAGUGAAUAGUAGAAAAAACACAGAAAAUGUAGAAGACCCAACAACAAGCAGUUUCAGAUAAUGGUAGACAAUUCAGCCAAUUAACUUGAAAUGGAAUAAUCAAUGGUGUAGGUUACCAUACAUGGAAUGACGCUACCCUGCGAUGUGUAACCAUAAAUCCAUUUUUAUUGUGAUAAAAACAUAUGUAUUCAGUGAUAAUUUAUUUUAUAUGAUAUAUUGACAUAUUUAUCAGAAAAAAACUAUUUAAGAAAAAGAAUUAUGGGAAUAUUUAGUGAUAGUAUUAGCGUCCCAAUGACAUUUCAAAAUUGUGUAGAUUUUAUUUGAUUUUAGAAUGAUAGGCCAUUUGGGAAAAUACCAUAAACUAAUAUUUACUUUUAAUAUGAGAAUAAUUGUAUUACAAUAAAGGAUAAUACAUGUAU